GCAACGAUUAAACUCAACAACAACCGUCAAUUGGAGACUACUAGAGCUUUAGCUAAUACACUUAUAUUAGUAAUCAAAUGAGUAAUUACUACAAAAGCUCAAUACUUUCCUAAAAUGGGGGACAAAAAGCAGCAAAGCCGUCCCAAACGUAUUUUUAUCAACGACGUCGACAGCUAUUCCUCCAAACACAUCGCCAAGUUUUUAUCGACCUGCGCUGCCAGAAACAGCUCUGAGAAGGCAGAGGAGACGCUGACCUCCCCUCGACCUGAACCUGCUUUCCAAAUCAUCGGAAGUGUGUCAACUUCCACUGCAGACGAGAAAGAAAGCUUUCUACUUGAACAGUAUGAGUCACCAACUCGAGAUGAGCUGCUUGGGCGCCUGCUGGAGUGUGAUGUAGUGGUGUACAACAUCUCAGAAAAUGCCACAAAACAGCAGGUUGAAGAAGCAACAUGGGCAAUCGAAGCCCUUCAUGGUGAAAUGGAGAACUUCAAGUCUCGGAAAAUGUUCAUCUUAGUCUCCACUGUGAUGACCUGGGCCUUGACCAAGCCGCAGAAUCGGGAUGAAACAUCAAACAACAUCCUGCUAACAGAGGAGGAGUUCAGAAGACGAAGGCCGCAUCCCAGUUUCAGAGAUCACAACAAUCUGGAGAAACUUGUGCUCAAACUUGGUCGAAGUAAAAAGUCCAAGCUUAAUGGCUAUGUUGUAGCUUGUGGUCUUCAGUACGGGAAGGGAGAGAACCUCUUUCACUACUUCUUCAAGGUGUCUUGGUUGUUGCAGUUUCCAAAAGUUCCUCUAUUUGGAGAGGGCACAAAUUACAUCCCCAUGAUUCACGUAUAUGACGUUGGAGGAGUGCUUCAAAACAUUAUUGAAGCCAAGCCAAAGUCAAAGUACAUUCUUGCUGUCGAUGACUCCAAUAACACUUUAGAGGAUGUUGUAAAGAUGAUAAGCGACACACUUGGGCCAGGAAAAAUUAACAAUAUACCUGAACAGGAAGCCAUCACCAUGAAGGCUUUUAAGCCAGAGGAAUUGGAGUACCUUAGUAUCAACGUCCGCAUGGAUGCUUUUAUCAUUAAAGACUCCUUCAGUCUCCACUGGACCUCUGAGGCUGGGAUGAUUGAAAACAUGGAGAGCAUUGUGGAAGAAUACAAAGAGACCAGGCAGCUACUUCCAGUCCGAAUCUGCCUGGUUGGACCUCCAGCUGUGGGUAAAACCACAGUUGCAGAGAAGCUCUGCAGUCAUUACCAGAUACACCACAUCAAGAUCAAAGAUGUCAUUGAGGAAAAGAUCGCACAACUGAAGGAGCUAGUGAGUGGAGCUGACACUGAACAUGUCAGUGAAGAGGUAGCUGCUGCUGCACUGAAACAACUGGAAAACAUUAACAAAAGCAUGGAAAUGAAUGAAGGUCGACUGGCCGACCAUGUACUUUUUGACAUUUUGCAAGAAAAGCUGAAUUCAAAGCCAUGUAGGAACCAAGGAUUUGUUCUUGAUGGCUUCCCUAAAACCUAUGAGCAAGCAAAGCUGAUUUUCUCUGAAGAGGGAACGGAGAACCAGAAUUUGAUCUCCAAAACACCUGUGUACAACAAGAAGAUCACUCCAGAGCAUGUUUUUGCCCUGAAUGCAACAGAUGAUUUUCUAACAAAGAGAGCACAGGGACUUCCCCAGAGCGUGGCAGAGAAAAUGCGCUACACUCAGGAGGAAUUUGUCCCUCGCCUGACAAAAUACAGACAACUCAGUACCGCUGAGGAAACCCUGCUGGACUACUUUGAUGAGCUUGAGAUUCACCCAGAACAUUUAGAGGUCACUACAGGUGAUUCAGAUUACAGACAUGUUAUGAAAAGGAUGACUGAAAUCGUGGGGAUUCCCAAAAACUAUGGCCUGAGUUCAGAGGAGCAAGAGGAGGAGGACAGAAAGAAAGAAGAAGAGAGGAAACAGAAACUGGCUGCAGAGGCUGCUGAGAAGAAACGCAGGAAUGAAGCAGCACUGGCUGAGAUGUCUGCUCAGUAUGAGGAGUGGCAGAAGAAUUUGUCUGAGCUGAACAGACAGGAGUACGAGCUGCUGGAAGCUCACUCUCUUCCUCUGAGGAAUUAUCUGAUGAAGUAUGUGAUGCCCUCACUGACUGACGCCAUGUUAGACUGCUGCAAGAUCAAACCAGAGGACCCUGUCGACUUUCUGGCAGAACAUCUGCUACGGAACAACCAACAAGAAUAACAGACAGUCAAACGGGGAGAGGAGCCAAUACAUGUUAUUAAUGUACAGUAUUUGAGUCUGUGUUUAUUCUACAGUAAUCAACAUAAUGAAAAGAUGAUUAAAAUAGUGCUGCAUAAGUGUUACAGGCUUAAAAUGGACAUGAAGACAUUUAAUUAAAAGGAAGCAAUUGUUCUGUCUGAACUGUUCUUUUAGUAGUGACUUGAAUAAUUGGCUAUUGAUUUCUACAAUAAUCCAUCCACUCUGCACUAAAUUGUUAAUAAAUGGGUUGUUGUCCAGAUGCCCUGCACCCCUUUUCAGGAAGUCAGAGGUCAAAUGCUCCAAAACAGCGUCUGCCUGAUGAACUAAAGAUCUAAAAACAACAUGUUUAUAAAAAGUGACAUAUUGGAAAUCAGAUACAUGCAAAUAGAAGUUCAGCAGUCUCAACUACCGAAGUGGAAAAUAAAGUAUUGAAUCCUACACAGUAUGAAACUAUACCAACAACCAUGCAUAACACUUCUUAUUAUAGAAAGAUAGUCCAAACUAAACAUCUACUUUAACAUAAAGCGCAAAACACAUAGGAAGCACCAGAAUACAUUGCAUGUACAGUAUAUUGUGAUACUGUAUGAAUAUACUUAUAUAUACUGUACUUCACAUUUAUAACACACUUCAAGCUAAAACUAAAACUAUACUUUUAAUAUGAAAAAUACACUUAUUCUUCUGUUGGUGUAGGACUUGGCUCAGUGUUUGUUACAGUCGUUUAUAGCUUAGCCAGGUUUCCACUCAUUAUAGAUCUGUCCUCUCAGAGUCUCCAUCUGGUCUGUGACUCAGCUCCCACUUUGUUGAAGAGUCAGUGCUUACUGGAAGAAGUAUGCUGACUCUGGGCUUAAGAUGUAAACACAACUCUUCAGAAAGGUUUUUACUUUGUGUAAUAUAUCUUUGGUUGAAGGUGAGACGGCUUUUCAAGCUUUUUAAAGUUUGACUAGAUAAGAAUUUGCUUUAUUUCCACAUUUUGAAAUGCAUUAGUUUAAUUUAAGAUACAAGAGAUCACUAAAUGUGAGAUCUACCCUUUCAACACUAGGUGGUGCAGAAAUUCCAUCUAGAAACAUCACAGAGGCGUAGGAGACACACUCGGAUUAAGUGUUUGUAUAUUUCUCAGUUCCAAGUUCUCAUCUUAUGAGAUGUAUUGAAAUCCCAGAGUCUUGCCUUACUGUGCUUUUAUUAAACACUCUGGCAGUGGAAAAGGCCUUUGUUCUGAUUUUGCUGUGAAAUGCUUCAUAGAGUAAGAAUGUGUUGCUCUAGUUGUCAUAAAAAUCAAACGGGUGUCUGGAUUUUGCUUUGUAGUUUGUUUGUGAUGAACUGAGGAAUCCACCAGCUAAUUAGAAGCUGUCUGCAGGCUCGCUCAUAUGGAAAAUAAGUCAUAACAGAAGCAUUUCCUG